CCGAGUAUAAAAUGGAAGGCGAAUUGAACAUCAAGCACCAGAAUCCAUCGUUUGACUCUUUCAGGCUCACCUGCGACUGAGAUCAAGAUGAAACUGAGAGUCGUGGUUUUGCUGUUAGCUGCAAUGGCAUUUGCGUCCGCUGCUCCUGGGGGAGGCUAUGGCAGCAGUGGAGGAGGUGGGGGUGGAGGAUAUGGCGGAAGUGGAGGAGGAGGAGGCGGAUUCGGAGGUGGAGGAUACGGAGGAAGUGGAGGUGGAGGAUAUGGUGGAAGUGGCGGAGGUGGAGGCGGUUUUGGAGGUGGAAGUUACGGAGGUAGCGGAGGAUACGGAGGAAGUGGAGGAGGUGGUGGAGGCUUUGGAGGUGGAAGCUAUGGUGGCAGUGGAGGAUACGGGGGAAGUGGAGGAGGAGGUGGAAGUUAUGGAGGAAGCAGCGGAUAUGGAGGAAGUGGAGGCGGAGGCGGAGGCUUUGGAGGUGGGAGUUACGGAGGGAGUGGAGGCUACGGUGGAAGUGGCGGAGGUGGCGGCGGCUUUGGAGGUGGUGGAUACGGGAGCAGUGGAGGUUAUGGUCGUUAAGAAUACCGAAGGCGUCUCUUGAGAGAUUAUGAUACAAAACUUCACUUGAAAUAAAAUCAUUCAACAGCAUCAACGUUUAU